CAAUUAUAUACCGGCAGCAAGAGAAUUGUAGAGGUUGGCAACUUUUGGCAGCGUACAGUUGAUUCGAUAUAUCGAUGGGUGGCAUUGCCGCUGUGGUGGUGGCGGUAGUAGUCGCAGCCACGGUGUUGGUGUGCGAGGCGAAGCAACAGGCGGCGCGGGCCUUGUUCGUGUUCGGCGACUCGCUGGUGGACAGCGGCAACAACAACUACCUGCUGACGACGGCGCGGGCCGACUCGCCGCCCUACGGCCUCGACUACCCGACCCACCGCGCCACCGGCCGCUUCUCCAAUGGCCUCAACGUCCCCGACAUCAUCAGCGAGUACCUCGGCGCUGACUCCGUGCUGCCUUACCUCAGCCCGCAUCUGGACGGCGCCAAGCUGCUGCACGGCGCCAACUUCGCCUCCGCCGGCGUCGGGAUCCUCAACGACACCGGCAUCCAGUUUGCCAACAUCAUCCGCAUUGAGAAGCAGCUUCGCUACUUCCAGCAGUACCAGGACCGGGUGCGGUGGCUGAUCGGUGGCGCGGCGGCGCGGCGGCUGGUGGAGGGCGCGCUGGUGCUCAUCACGCUCGGCGGCAACGACUUCGUCAACAACUACUACCUGGUGCCCUUCUCCGCCAGGUCCCGCGAGUUCGCGCUGCCCGACUACGUGCGCUACAUCAUCGCCGAGUACAGCAAGGUCCUCAGGCAGCUCUACGACAUGGGCGCCCGUCGCGUGCUGGUCACCGGCUCCGGCCCGCUGGGGUGCGCUCCGGCGGAGCUCGCCACGCGCAGCGCCACCGGCGAGUGCGACGCCGAGCUGCAGCGCGCGGCGGCGCUCUACAACCCGCAGCUGGUGCGGAUGACGCGGGAGCUGAACGAGCAGCUGGGCGCCGACGUGUUCGUGGCCGUGAACGCCUACAGGAUGCACAUGGACUUCAUCUCCGACCCGGCGGCGUACGGCUUCGCGACGUCAAAGGUGGCGUGCUGCGGGCAGGGCCCCUACAACGGUGUCGGCCUGUGCACCGCCAUGUCCAGCAUCUGUCCAGACCGCAGCCUCUACGUCUUCUGGGACAACUUCCACCCCACCGAGAGGGCCAACCGCAUCAUCGUCAGCCAGUUCAUGUCUGGUUCACCCGACUACAUGCACCCCUUCAACCUCUCCACCAUCCUCGCCAUGGACGCCGCCGCCGCGCCAUGAACCUCCGAGAUAUAUGCCAUCUACAUACCAUACCACCACCACCACUUCUACCUUAUUAGUACAAAGAUAUAUAAUCCCCCGAGCAAUGUACUCUACUCGCUAUAUAUAAUAUAUGCAUGCAAAGAGGGACUAGCUAA